CAGAAUGAGAUGCAGAUGCCUGCAAAUGCAGACAUGGGCCUGGGCCCUCAAUAAAGCCCGUGUUCUGUCGAACGGAACGAAAUGACGCCCCGGGUGGGUGGGACCAUGACGAUAUUCUUCGCCGACGACGGAGCCAGUGAAGGUCUGAAGAAAAGAUGGCGGCGUCGCUGAACGUGUUCGUAUACGGGAGCCUUCUCGCCGACGACGUCGUCAGGGCCCUCCUCAAUCGCGUCCCUCCUUCCUUCCCAGCCCUCCUCCCUGACUUUCACAGGUUCAGCAUCAAGGAUCGGGUUUAUCCUGCUAUUGUCCCCCUCCCCAAACACUCCGUCGCCGGCAAGGUAUUGAUGGGAAUCACUGUUCCUGAACUGGAAGUCUUAGAUACAUUUGAGGAUGUCGAGUAUGUAAGGACCACUGUGCAGGUCACUUUGUUGGAUAGUUCUGACGAAUUGGAAGCUGAAGCUUAUGUUUGGAGCAACAAACAUGAUCCAAACUUGUAUGGAGACUGGGACUUUGAGGAAUGGAAACAAAAACACAUGGAUGACUUUCUUAAGAUGACCAUUGGUUUCAUGGAGGAACUAGAGCGGCCUGAAUCCAAGCCUAGGGUGGCGACCUAUGAAUCGUUCUAUCACCAGGAUGAUGUCUCCAGUCGGGCAGGCUCUCAAGUUGGACAAAAUUUCAAUGCUCGUGGCAUUAGGUCCUCAGUGGGGUUCUGGCUUUUCACUGCUUUCCUGGUCUUAGAAUGUUUGUUCCUCUGGAAAUUGAUGAAGUGGAAUUACUUUGAGAGGUUUGAGAAGGACCUCCAAAGUUUGGAAUGAGGUUUACUUUUGAGUCUUGGUUGUUUGUCUCUCUUUUCUUACUUGGUAGUUGCCAGGGGUAUGUCAUCAGCUGUGGCACCCUUGGGCUGAUGCCCUGUCUAGUAGAUAGAAUUAUGCUAUCCAUUAAAAUAACAUAUAAGUCAGUUGCAAACGUGUUACUCGAUUUGUUUUACAAGGACCGGAUGUAAUUCAGGAAAGGGUUGAAGUGAGUUGGUUGUUUUGUCCAAGCUACCAUUUGAUAAAACUCAAGUUCUCCAACAAA